UCAACCCCGGAAGAUUAGAGCAACGGUAAAGUUAUGUGAAAGUUUACGAGGUAAAAGGCCGUUUCCCGGUGAAACCAGGCUCCAGGUCCGGUUCGGCUGCAGGAUUCCUGCACUUUACUUUCUCCGCAUGAACGUCCUUUAAAACAACUUUAAAACAUGAAGCGAGGAGGCGGAAAAGCGGAGGAAAUGUCCACAACUUCAGUUUCCUCGGCGGCCAGCGCUGCAGACCAGAGGAGGAAGGGGACGAUUAUUUACAUCGUGUACAUAAUCGCCGCUUUGGACAUCACGUGGAUGUUUUUACAGUUCUCUGUCACCCCUUAUUUGGCAAAGAAACUUGGUUUUGACACGCUGUGGUUUGGUUAUCUGCAAACUACGGUGGGACUGAUUCAGUUGAUCGGGGGUCCCAUGUUUGGGAGGUUUGCGGAUCUGUUCGGGGCGCGGGCCGCCUUGAGCCUGGCGUGCGCCGCCACCACGGUCUUCUUCGUGCUGCUGGUGUUGGCGAACCACCCGGUCCUCCUGUUCAUACACAAGCUCCCCACAGUCUUCAUGCACGUCCUCCCCGCGUGCCAGAUGGUUGUUACGGACCUCUCAGAACCGGGGAAACGGGCCGACGCCUUAUCCAAACUGGGUCUGUGCUUCGGCGUGGGCAUGAUAGCCGGCUCCACGUUGGGCGGGCAGCUGAACACGCGCUACGGGGAGUCGUUUACCGCUGGUGUCGGCGCCGCAGGGAGUGCCUUCAGUUUACUGUUGGUUUUAAUCUUCAUCCCGAAAUCCACUAAAACCGAGGCUCCCAAAAGCGACACCAAACCUGAGAACCAAAACAAGAAGGUGUUCAGUGUGAGAGAGAUCACAAGACUGAUGAAGUAUCCGAAAGUGAUGCGGAUCUUCCUCAUCAAAGUAGCCGCAGGUUUGCCUUCAGGCAUAUUCCAGGUGAUGUUCUCCAUCAUUGCAAUGGAAUUCUUCAAGCUGGGACCUCAGGAGAACGGCUACCUGAUGGCUUACUUUGGCAUUGUUCAAAUGGUGCUUCAGGGCGCCGUGAUCGGUCGACUCACGUCCAGGUUCUCUGAGAAGUCGCUGCUGCUUUUGUCCAUCGGCGUCUCCGCCUGUGUGGGAGUGGCUCAGGCGUACAUGCAGAAUGUGCUCCAGUUCUGCAUCAUCGUCACGCCGAUGAUCUUCUCCAUGAGCAUGUUCAACAUCAUCACAGACACCAUGCUCACCAAGAGCGUCCCGUCCUCCGACACAGGAACAAUGCUGGGACUCUGCUCAUCUGUCCAGUCGCUGGUUCGCACCAUUGGACCGACUAUCGGCGGCUUCCUGUACAUGAACUACGGAGUUUCCUCCAUAGGUCUGAGCCAGUUUUUCGUGAAUAUCGUCGUGUUUGCUUAUCUACUUUAUCGCUCCAGGAUGACAGAGGGAACGAAAGAUAAUGAAUGAAAACUCCAUCUCUGAAAAGAAUCUUGAAAAUUGAUGCGAGGAGAUUAAAACUGAUGUUUGAUCAUAAAAACAAUCAUAUCUGUCACAUGCUCAUGUACUCACGAUGCAAUUCCCUUAAUGAGAUCAGAUCAAAUCAUCCCGGUCUGUUAGUACUCAGGUUUUCUGUUCUGCUGGAGAAGUUGUGGAUGUGCAGGAGUGAACCACUAGAUGGCAGCAAAUCCUCCAGUUAAACGUUGCUGUCGCUUCCAUCCUCCAUAGGUCAGAGCAACGCGUCAGUCACUUUGCUGCAACUAAGAUCAAAUAAACAAAACUCUGGGCCAGUUAACAACAUCCCAAACUCAGCACUUAAUUUUGUCAUGAAUGUUUGUGUUAUUAUAUAUUAUUGUUUUUCAUUAAACCCACAUUGGUGAUCUUA